GCUGGUUGUUAUAGUAACAGGCGUCCGGAGUUUAGCACCGGUGUGGGUUAUGGAGCUAACAGUGAAUAAUUACACACAAGAGCACUCGAGCAACACAAACAGAUGAGUUCAGUAGAUUGGAUAUGAGCUCUGUCAAGCACACAUUGAGCUGACACACACACACACACACACACACGGAGAUGCCAGCCGCGAGAGAACAGAAGGACGAAUCCGAGUCAUCGUCUGAAGAUGAGCUGGAGAAACUUCCGUGCAUUGCCUGGAGUGGAGUCAGCAAGCGCAUUCCCGUGCUGCUCUUCUGUGCGGAAGCCAUUGUGUCUAAAGAUGUGGCCAUCCGCUCCGUUGGAGAAAAAUAUAACUUGGCCUUCAAGAUUGUGCGGACGGAGAGCCGUCUUGUCCGUGGCAUACUGGUCAAUCACGGAUUCCACGAGGUGCACCCAAAUAGCAAUGAUUUUAACCUGAUGUGGACCGGCUCACACCUGAAGCCCUAUCUUAUGCGAUCUCUGCACGAUUUCCAGAAAGUCAACCACUUUCCCAGGUCGUACGAGCUCACGCGGAAAGACCGGCUCUACAAAAACAUCCAGAGGAUGCAGCAAACCCACGGCUUUCAAAACUUCCACAUCGUACCCCAGACCUUUGUGCUUCCUGCCGAGUACCAGGAAUUCAGCAGCUCGUUCAGCAAAGACAAGGCCGCGUGGAUCAUCAAGCCAGUGGCGUCCUCCAGGGGCAGAGGCAUCUACCUGGUCAGCAGUCCGAGUCAGAUCCCGCUGGACGAGAAUAUUCUGGUGUCGCGCUACAUCAGCAAUCCUCUGCUAAUUGACGGUUUUAAGUUUGACAUGCGUCUGUAUGUGCUAGUGACCUCAUACGACCCUCUCCUGAUCUAUCUCUAUGAGGAAGGACUGGCCAGGUUUGCCACAGUGAAGUAUGACCACGCCACGUCAAACAUCAAGAACCAGUUCAUGCAUCUGACCAACUACAGUGUCAACAAGAAGAGCAGCGACUACGUCAGCUGCGAUGACCCUGAAGUAGAGGAUUAUGGGAACAAAUGGAGCAUGAGCGCAAUGCUGAGAUAUUUGAGGCAAGAAGGCAAAGACACCACAUUGCUCAUGGGCCAGAUUGAAGAUCUGAUCAUUAAAGCUCUUCUGAGUGCUGAGCUACACAUCGCCACGGCCUGCAAGAUGUUUGUCCCUCAUCGCUGCAACUGCUUUGAACUGUAUGGUUUCGACGUUCUCAUUGAUUCCAACCUCAAACCGUGGCUCUUGGAAGUGAACCUCUCUCCUUCAUUGGCAUGUGAUGCUCCUCUUGAUUUGAAGAUAAAGGCCAGCAUGAUCUCUGACAUGUUUUCUCUUGUGGGUUUUGUGUGUCAGGAUCCGUUAUUACGACAGCCGCGUCCCGACAGAGCUGGGAUUGAUUCAAGAAUGAAGAAUCCUUCGCAGAAACUUCAGCGUCAGAGACCGCCAUCCGCCAACACCGCCGACCCAGACGCUCAGAAAGAGAAACCCGGCACUAAGCUAGCGGAGAGUACCCUGAGUCUGACGGCAGAAGAGAUGAAAGUGCUGAGGAGGGUACAGGAGGAGUAUGACAGGAGGGGUGGGUUUGUUCGGAUCUUUCCUACUCCAGACACCUGGGAGCUUUACAGUGGUUAUCUGGAAUACAAGACGUCUAUGAACGCCAUGUUGGCUAAUAAACUUUUCCAUGGAAGAACAGCUUUCCCUGUCUUACAUGUGUCUAAAAUGAUCUAUUGUUCUUUGUUCCUCAGAACUGUGAUCUCCCGCUCGAGGAACAGGGUGAAUGAUAAUAUAUCUCUGGUUGUGGGGACCUUCUACACACAUCAUGCGGUCCAGUACGAAAGGAAGCUUCUUAGUCUGGAGGUGCGCAAGCAGAAGCGCAAACCCAGACGAGUCUCCGGCGGAAGAAGACGAACAGGUCUGAAAGCGUCUCGGUCCCCUCACAUGAGCGAGAAUGAGGACGGAGUGGAGGGAGAGACGGAGAUGAAAUCGCUUCGCCUUCACACAAACACUGCUCUGGAACAACCCUCACACCCCAAAGUCAACCUGCUCCACAUUCUCCAGCAGGGCUGGGACCUCAGUAAAGUUCAAGCUCGCAUGGCCUUCUCCUCUUACCUGCACCGUGUCCAGCUGCGCCUGCUGACCGAGAGCAGAGCCAACACAGGCCCGGCCUGGACACAGAAGGAGCACGAUCAGAUGGAGCUGGUGGUUCGCUUUCUGAAGAGAGCCAGCAGUAACCUGCGUCAGGACAUGUGUCUGGAGGAGCCCAGCCCUCAGCUGCGUCUGUCCGACCGCCAGCGCAUCCUCUCCCAUCAGCUCGGAAACUUCAUACAGCUCUACAACCAGGAAACCAAGCAAAUGGUGGAGAGUUUGGACAAGAUUCCAGACAAGGAUCGCUGCAUCAACCCCAGUGUUUUCCAGGAGUUCAUUCUAGAGGCGAGUGAAAAUGACUUGGAGGAAGUCCUUACGUUCUACACACAGAAGAAUAAGUCCGCCAGCGUGUUUCUGGGCACGAAGUGUGACAGCAGCAGAGUCAAGAGGACCGGCGACGAGAACAGAGAGGCUGCUGCGUGUAUGAACACAGACGCCUCGAAUGGUUCAGACAACACAGAUGCAGUCCGCAAAACCCAAGACACAGACAGCAGUGCAUCUCAAACCGGAAACCAGGACCACAGUCAAUUAACCCAGAGCGCAGAAACCUGUAGCGCAGCGAACAAAACCAAAUGCAACUCCUCGCAAAAUGGACACAUCCAAAGGAAAAGCCAAAGUGGAGACGGCACGGUUAUUGAAGUGCUGCCCAAUCCUUCGACCGCUGCCGAGACCGAAUCAAGAGCAUCACAAGAUGGAGACAAAACAAGAGAUGGAAACAAGACUCACACUUCUGCUGUCAGAAACAAGAGGGCCGUGUGGAGGUCAGGCAGCGAUCAGCCGAACGAUGCAGCUCUGGAGUGUGAGCACAUCGUGGUACAGCACUGCCUCCCGCCUCCUUACGUCCAGCCGCCGCCGCAUCCUCUGGCCAGCAGCUCGUCUGUGUGUGUCAGAUGGGCCUCGGCUCGCAGCGAGUCUCCUGCUCCAGCAGCUGCCCGAGAAACACCUCGUCCGGUCCAUGCGUGCAGCUUCGCUCCCAGAGCCAUCCAGACGUCAGCACGGCCGUCCUCCGCAGGAAACGUCAGUCAGAAGCCCAGUUUGAGUAAGUCCAGACCUGGUUCUGCUGGUUUGCUUAAAGAGACAGACUCUUUGUCGGCCCAGGCUCAGUCCAACCAGCUGGCCAUUGUAUCUGCUCUGCGCAAACUAGUGGAGAAACAAGCAGCUCGCCAAUACAGCACAUCCAGUCACAUCAGCCUUCUCACUCAGCACCUAACAAAUCUGAAUCUGACCAAUGGGCUUCUCAGCAGAGGAGGUCUCACGUUGAGUCCAGGGGUCCGGCACGGGCCUGUGAGAGCGGUUCAUACAGACACGACCGCUAGGAACUCUGGGCUCAGGGUUCCGUGUGAAGCCGAGUCUCUGUGUGACGUGGAUCUGCUCGGCCCUCAGAAGCCGCCUCCAGGUGCAGGAAACUACCAGCUGCAGUUCGCCAUCCAGCAGCUGCAGCAGCAGAAGCAGCGAUCCAGACAGCUGCUCGACCAGAGCCGAACACGGCACCAGGCCAUUCUGUCUGCACACACCCUCUCACCCGCUGCUUCAGCUCGACCUCUGACCCAGCCGUUCAGACGCACCUUCAACCAGCCGGGCCACGCCGGGCUCCUCACGCUGGCCCCCAAACCUCCCAGCAGCGCUCCGAGAGAAACACGCGUGCGCAAGAUCGUCACACACACGCUCCACAAAAAAGCAUUAUCUGAGCCUCCAGCCGGGCAGAGCAGCACCAGUGGACAGCAUGUGGUGUAUGAGGCUGUGUGUGCAAAGACAGGUCUGUCAAUGUACAGUAAACUCUUCCACGCUCACGGCUCCAGGAACAGAUGAAUGAGGCCAGAGGUCAGCUGCUCUGUGGGAUCGCUUUACAUGCCGAGAUCUUCUGACAAUCAUUAGUUCUGUCCCAACCGGCCUUAUGUGUAUUUUUUAGUGUGUGUGUGUGUGUGUGUGUGUGUGUGUGAUUGUACAUGAAGUCCUUUGCUUGGACUGGAUCUGUUGCACAGUCUGAAGGCAUCCUGCCUCAUGUGCAGUUGUCCAGGCUUCAUUUUACCUCACAUCUGAUGCCAUGUGAAGGUCGCGCGGACUGACGGCUAGCGACAGCUGCGGAACACGAGCUCACGAGAGCACACAUCACGCUUAUCCAUGUUUACAUGUACAGAUAGAAGAUUUAGACUCCAGAGUAAUGAGCUUUCAGCACCGCUCUUAACACCUUCCGUUCAAGUGCCUGGGUUCAGGUGUGAAGAACCGCUGGAGCAGCUCAGAUCUGCAAACGAGACAUCAACAUCCAAGUUUCUGUUCAACACUUGACCAUUUUUGACCAAUGUCCUGCUAAUACUUGAUGCACUGUGAUCAGCACUGCUGUGCCGAAGGGAUGACCUUGUGUUUUCAGUUUGAUUUUAGUUUCACGCUUCACCAGGCCAAAAUUGAAUAACUGACAGGGCCUCAUUCAUGCAGCCGAAACGGAACAAAUGAAUCGAGAGUAUCGAAAAAGAAAGAACAACGUACAAGAAUUUGAACGAGGCCGAUCAUGCGAGACUGAACUUAUGCAACAUAGUUUUAUCCUCAGGAUUUUACUGUUUAAGUUUGUACAGUAUUUUAUUUUGCAUUUUCUCUUCUGAAUUUACUUGAAUGUUCUUUGAAUUUACCCAUGACCAGAUGAAACUUGAAAAAUUAUUUGUGCAUUUAUGCUACUGUACAUUUUUAGCAUCCAUAAACUGGAGGAAAUUUCA